AUGGCGUCAAAGAGCGGCUGGACCGAGUCUACGGACAACCUCGCCAACGCGCCAAGGGUCGAAGCCCCAGAAGAACUGGUGGUGGGAUCAUCAAAGUUAUUCGAUGGCAACAACAUGCGAUUUGUGCCGAUGCCUACACCAGAUCCAAAGGAUCCAUUGAACUUGCCAACCUGGAGGAAAUGGGCUGCCAUUGGAGCACUUUGUUUCUUUGGGUCACUGGCCCUCUCCGCCGAGUUCAUUGUGGGCGCCUUGGUGCCCGUCUUUGUGCUGGAGUACUCCGGUAUCAACCCUCACAUUCUGAGUCAAAUCGACAUAGGGGCAUUGAACAAGCCCGGCGAAAUCAAUUUGGACCCCAUCAAGAUCCUUGCCGGCCUCGGCGGACCGCCCCUGUAUCAGGUAGCACUGCUGGCUUCUGUUCCGCUGCUUGUCAACGGCCUGAGUUCUUACCUGCUGGUGCCGCUUUCGGUCGCCAUCGGCCGCCGCCCUGUCCUUUUGCUUUCCGGGUUCCUUGCAUGGACUGGGGGUCUCUGGGCUGGCUUCUCCCAGGGCCUUGGAAGCCAUCUGGCUGCUCGAUGCUUCCAAGGUUUUGGCGCAGGGGCUGUCGAGGCUUUGAUUCCUUUGAUUAUCCAGGACAUGAUGUUCAUUCAUCAGCGCAACAAGGCCAUUUCAUCCGUUGGCGCCUCCCAGGGUCUCCUUGUUGUGAGCUUGGGUAUCGCGAGCCCCAUCAUUGUUUCCCGUCUUACUUGGCGCUUCAUCUACUGGAUCACCUCCGGUGUUGGUGUGCUCGCCUGGAUCGGCCUCAUUCUCUUGGUUCCCGAAACUCGCUGGCUACGCAGCGAUGAUGAGCUUGCCGGCAAGGAGGUUUACCCUCUCCGUCCUGGUGAACAUCGCCCCCGUAUUGACGAAGUGACCUACCGCCCUCGCUCCAACUGGGACGAGUUCGGCAUCAUGAACUACGGCUACGAGUGGAAGGAGGCGAAGCAAUCCACCAUCGACAUGUUCAAGACGACGUUAUUCCCCAACAUCAUCUGGGUCAUCAUCAUCAACUCCAUCCUUGUGUCCCUGCAGGGCGCUCUUAGCCAAGUCGCCUCUUCGCUUCUCAUUGCUGCCGGCUGGAAGUUUGAAACCCUAGGCUUCAUCGUCAUCCCCAUCGUCAUCGCCAGUCCCUUUAUCUGGUUUUUUGGCGGUUAUGUUGCAGACUGGAUCUCCAACUGGAUUGCCAAGCGCAACAAUGGCCAACGCGAGCCCGAGGCCCAUCUCGUCAGUCUCAUAUUUCCACUCUUGGCUUCCAUCGUCGGCCCGCUCCUGUUCGGUUACGCUGGAGAGCACAUUCGCGAACUCCCAUCCAUUGUUGUUCUGAUAUCUAUCUUCCUCGUCGGCUUCGGCCUGUUGACGGCCAACACCAUCUUCGCCGUCUACUUGGUUGAGAGUUAUCCCAGAUAUGCCGGCCCUGUGCUUGUGAACGUCUCCUCGGCCCGCCUCAUCAUCGGAUUCAUCAUGUCCUUCAACGUGACCACCUGGAUCGAGCAGCUCGGCUUCUUCAAAAACUUUGGCAUUUACAGCGCUGCCCUGGCAGGAAUAUCCAUGCUCUUGCCCGUCAUGUACAAGUACGGCAAGCCGAUGCGCGCCUGGACCGCCGGCCGCCUCGAUUCGAGCGUCAAGCCGGCCAAGGCUCUCGAGGACGACGACCAGUACUGGAACAACAACGAGCGCUCAGGCCAGUGGCAGGACGAGAAGAUGGGUGCUCCUGUCGGCAUGCCUCGACCGAUUUAA